AUGCGACGGCAGGGGAGGUAUGGGAACUCCCAUUCAGUAUUCCACGACAAAGAAAGAAAUCGGCUCCAAGAUGCCUUGGAUUUCGCCAGGACUGCUGGCUCUAAUGAGGCCACUAAACUAGGCAACAGAGGCAAUGAGGACUAA